AUGUCAUACAUCUACAGAGAGCGCGAAAGAGACCGCGAUUGGGACGAACCUCGUUCUUCGCCCGUUACCAUCAAGCGUUACGUCAUACCCCCCGAGGACGAUCGGCGCGACAGAGACUUGCUGUAUCGCCGCGAAGACCCCAUUUCGGGUGACCGAGAACUAGUGAUUCGCCGGCCCACUGACCGAGAAGACCCCGUCAUGGUGCAACGCUACGAGCGUGAUGCCGACUACGACUCACGCGGUGGUUAUGACUAUCGCUCCGAGAGAGACUACUACGAGCCUCGUCCUGUUUAUGCCCCGCCCCGUGAGUCCGACUAUGAAAUUGUCCACCGACCCGAAGUAGAGCGUGAUCCCGGCUAUUAUUAUCAUCGCCGUGUUCGUGAGUAUGAUGAUGAUCGUCGCUUCCGUCGGGAGCUCAGUCCCAGUGACUCGGUCUCUCAAGCUACCCGUCGACGCGAUGACCAGGACUACAGCAGUGACGAUAGCAUGGUCUACGUUCGCAAAGAGACCCGUGAGGUCGACGAUCACCCCCACCAUCGACGCCAUAUGGCAGAGGGUGCUCUGGUCGGCGUCGGCGCCGCCGAAUUGCUCCGUAGCCGCCGCAGGAAGGGAGGAGAAGAUGUGUCCGAUGGCAUGGGUCGUAUCGGCCGCGACGUUGGCGCCGGUGCACUGGGUGCCGUUGCCGUGAAUGCUGCCUCGCGUGCCAGGGAUUAUUAUCGCAGCAAGAGCCGACACCGUUCCCACUCGUUCGACGAUGACCGCAGUUCUCGCUCCCACCAUCGCCAUCAUCACCAUAGUUACAGCCACUCCCGCCGCAGCCGCAGCCGUUCCCAUUCGCGUUCUCGCGCCCGAACUUUCGCAGAGCUUGGCCUUGGUGCGGCGGCCAUUGCUGGUGCAGUAGCCCUGGCUAGACAGCAUUCAAACAAGGGGAAAGAAAAGGACGGGAGACGCAGUCGAUCGCGGCAUCGCCGCUCAGGUUCUGUGCGGUCCAAGGGACUUCCGGAUGCUGAGAACCGCAGCGAGUCGCAGCGGAGAAAACACAUGGCCGGCGCCGGAUUGGCCGGUGCAGCAGUGGCCGGACUGGUGGAGAGGGCACGCAGUCGUUCGCGCUCUGGCCGGCACGCACGAUCUCAGUCUCAUAGCCGACUGAGGAAAGCGUUUCCCGUCGUAGCAGCCGGUUUGGGAACCGCCGCCGCCACGGGGCUGUACGAAAAACAAAAGGACAAGAAAAAGGAAGAGGAAGGUAGAGGCGAAUCUAGACAUCGAGAACGCCGACGCUCGAGAUCCAGAUCCCGCAGCAGGGCACCGUCGGACUUCUACCCUGAUCCUGCCAAGGACUCAGCUGGCCUCAUUGAGUACGGCGAAGACCCCGUGCAUGGAAGCAUUCCCGCAGCCCACUACUAUGGCCGUCCCAUGAGCUCCCAGGGAUACUAUUCCGACGCAUCUGACCCGGUGGCCAGCGGAGCCGCGGGUUACGGCUCUAGACACCGGGGACGAGGCCGCAGCCGCAGCCGGAGUCGCAGUCGUGGACGAUUCAGCAGCAGCUCCGAUUCCGAUAAGAGCAGGAGAAGAAAGAAAGAGCGCGGCGGGCUCCGCAGUCGCUCUCGUGACCUAGCUGAGGCUGCACUCGCUGCCACCGGAGUCGGAUAUGCCGCUCACAAGUAUUCUUCGCACCGCAAGGAUCGCAAGAAGGAAAAGGAGAGAAGUAGGGAAAGGCUGAGAUUUGAUGAAAGAGACUCAUAUGAUGACCCUUAUCGUCAUGAGCCCUACUCACCUUCCCCUUCAACGGCACCCCCGCCGAUGGACAACCAAUAUUAUCCUAACAGCAACUACUUCCCCCCACCACCAGGCUCUGCUCCUCGCCCCGCUGAGAACGUGGCGCCAUACAACCCGGCCGAUUAUCCACCACCCCCUGGAGCGGUCCCGCCUGUGCAGCCAUAUGGUUAUGGAACUCCUCCGGCACCCGAGCCCUACGCCCCUCGCCCCCGAAGAGCAGAUGAGAAUGUGAGUGCCGCACGGAAUUCUUCCCCUCCUACAGCCCGAUCACACGCAUACGAUGGUCUAAACUCGCAUUCCCCAAUGACCCCGCGCGCCAGCAGGAGACGGCGGUCGCGCACUCGCAGCCAGCCCCCUCAGCCCAAGUCCGUUGCGUUCAAUCUGAAUCCCGAGACCGGCCGACCCGUGGACGCGGGCUAUGAAUCCGACGAUAGCGACUCGACCAUAGAUUCACUCGGCGGAAGAAGCCAUGCUUAUCGUCGUCCUCAACGCCGCCACUCCUCAUCUACACCUCAUUCUUCACGACCUAGACUUAGCGAGGACCAUGACUCUGGACAUGGACCUGAACAUAGGCACAAAAACCAUCAUGGUCGCUCAGAAGACGAGAAAAAACCCCAUAACAACAAAGACCCCGAAAACGAUUCCGACUCGACCGUCGACCUACCCGAUCGGUUCGACUCUCACGGUCGUCUUCUGCCUCAGCGCGGAGACGACCUGUUAGCGGAUCGAUUCGAGGAUUUUCUGAAACGAUUCGGCGAUAAGAUUUACGCUUGA